AUGGGAAGCGUUGGCAUAAAUGCAGCGGCUCUGCCAAAUGGACUCACCGUCCACGGAACCGCAUACGUUUCUGGCAAUGCCUCAGGCGACGUGGUUGCCAGCGAUGUCGAACUAAGCUUCUGGGGCGGGGUCGACCCGCAGACUGGUGAAGUCAUUGAUCGCCAUCAUCCGUUGAGUGGAAAGAGCCUCAAAGACUCUAUCCUCGUCAUUCCCGGCGGCAGGGGAUCAUGCUCGGGCAGCGGCGUCAUGCUGCAGCUGCUUCUCAAUGACAUGGGGCCCAAAGCCAUCUUGUUUGAGCGAAGAGAAGACAUUCUGACCCUCGGUGUCGUGGUCGCUGAGGAGCUCUUCGGAAAGUCCAUUCCCGUCAUUACACUGAGCUCCACGGACUUCCGCAGCGCACUGAGCGCCAGCUACCUCUACGUCGACGGCACCCGCGUAUCCACCCAAGCGCGCAACCCCGCCUUAGUCAAAGAUGGUAGCGAGGCCAGCCCAGCACCUUCCGCCGCUGCCGCCAUCAAACUCACGCCCACCGACCAAGCCUUCCUCUCGGGCUCGCACGGCGCCGCCGCCCGCGCCGCCAUGCGCAUCAUCCUGCGCAUGGCCAGCCUGCAGGGCGCGCGCGAGCUGCUCGACGUGACGCGCGUGCACAUCGACGGCUGCGUCUACACGGGCCCCGCGUCGCUCGCCUUCGCCGAGAAGCUGCGCGCCUGGGGCGCUAAAGUCGUCGUGCCGACGACGCUCAACUCGAUAUCCGUCGACCAGCGCCGGUGGCGCCGCGUCCACGGGGUCCCGCCGGCGCUGGGCGAGCCGGCCGAGCGCCUCGGCGCCGCGUACACGGACAUGGGCGCGCGCCCGACCUUCACCUGCGCCCCGUACCUGCUUGGCAGCGAUGUUGGUGGUGGUGGCAACGGCGAUGACAGAGAGCCGUCACCGCCUCGGCUUGGAGAACAGGUUGCGUGGGCCGAGUCGAACGCGGUCGUUUACGCGAAUAGCGUGCUCGGCGCGCGCACGAUGAAGUAUCCGGAUUACCUCGACGUCGCCAUUGCGCUGACCGGCCGCGCGCCGCGGGCUGGGCCGCACGUCGAGACCAAUCGGCGGGCCGAGAUCUGCGUCAGGGUGCCCGAGGUGCAGAAUUUGAAGAAGGACGUCGUCGAUGACUCUUUUUGGCCCAUCUUGGGAUACUGCGUGGGCGGUGUGGCGGCGAACCGCAUCCCGGUGGUAGCGGGUCUUGCGGAUCUGGCUCCCUCCAACGACAACUUGAAGGCCUUCGGCGCUGCUUUUGCAACCUCGUCGAGCGCCCCCAUGUUCCAUAUGGUUGGCGUGACGCCUGAAGCCCCGACGCUGGAAGCUGCGGUCGGCGAGGAUCGCGAGGUGCCUGUUGUAGACCUGGACUUGAGAGGGCUCAGACGAGCCUGGGACACGCUGAACAGCGCCGACGCCGGUCAACCCGUUGAUCUCGUGUCUUUGGGAAACCCGCACUUCUCGCUCCACGAGAUCAAGAAGCUUGCUCAAUUGUGUCGCGGGCGGACGAAGCACGAAAAAGUUGCUGUCGUCGUCACUUGCGGCCGCAGUACGCACGGCCUGGCUAGCCAGGCUGGGCUGGUAGCAGAGUUGGAGCAGUUCGGCGUCCAGUUCGUAACCGAUACUUGCUGGUGCAUGAUUCAAGAGCCUGUUGUCCCCCACGUCGCGAAGCUGAUCAUGACCAAUUCUGGAAAGUACGCUCAUUACGGCCCCGGGCUGACUGGCAGGCGCUUCUAUUUCGGCAGUCUUGCUAGCUGUGUCUCGGCUGCUUGCGAGGGCUUUAAUAGUGGAGAAUACCCACCCUGGCUGAGUCCCUUUACUUAG